CGGUCCUGAGGCCACAUGCGAGGCAGCUGGUGAGCGACUCAGCUACAUGCUGUGAGCUGUGCCGGCAUGACCGGCGAGCGCUGUCUUGGGAAGGCUGCUGCUGGGAGGCGACUCGCUGUACCAGGCACGCUCAUACUGGCUCUCCUGUGCCCCUCCACUCGCCUCAGCUGUGCAAUCGUGCAUUGCUCCAUCAUGCUGCGCCGCCCACAAGGCCAAUCUUCAGCACGGCCUUCACCGCGCCCGCCUCGCCGCUUGAGCGGUAGAUCAGAUACAGCACUGUGCGCCGCAGCCGUCAGCCAGCGGCGCGCCGCUCGUCCUCGUCACCACUCACGGCCCUUGAGACAGCCCGCCCGCGGCUUGGCCCAUGCACCCAAGAGUGCGUCGCGCUCUCUGCAGACCCAGGUCAGCGCGCUCCUACAGCCAAGGCAGUGACGCUCACAUCAGGGACGCGUCGGGCGCGAAUGCUGCGGCAGUUUCAA